AUGGUCGCCAGUCACGGUAUGACGGGGAUGCUCGGAGAAGAUGGAAUUCACAUUGAUAUGAAUCACUUGAAGAAAGGGGAGGUCAACCUAGGAACAUCAAUCAUGGCGAUCAACUUCAAAGACGGCGUUAUUCUGGGCGCGGACAGCCGAACAACAACCGGAGCUUACAUCGCCAACCGAGUUACGGAUAAACUGACGCAAGUCCAUGAUACCAUUUGGUGCUGUCGAUCUGGCUCCGCUGCCGAUACACAGGCUGUGGCAGACAUUGUCUCCUACCACCUCAACAUGUACUCUAUCGUCAACAACGAGCCCCCGAGCACCCAGGUUGCAGCCGCGCUGUUCCAGGAGCUAUGCUACGAAAACAAGGACAUGCUAAGUGCCGGAAUUAUCAUCGCGGGCUAUGAUCCUCGACACGGCGGCCAGGUGUACUCGAUACCUCUGGGUGGAUCGCUGCACAAGCAGGCAUACUCAAUCGGCGGGUCUGGAUCGACUUACAUCUACGGUUACUGUGAUGCGAACUGGAAGGAGAACAUGACUGAGGAGGAGGGCGUCAACUUUGUCAGAUCGGCACUGCGGGAGGCGAUUAAAUGGGACGGCAGCUCAGGCGGCGUUAUCAGGAUGGUAGUCUUGACGAAGGAUGGAGCGCAACGACACCUGUACCUGCCGGACAACGGCUACACCGCGCCCGGUACCACCAAUUAA